GACCGAUACUGAGACUGGCUGAGCCACUGUCAAGCCGGACACCGUCACAGGAAGUGCUACUGCUGUGGGAGUUUCAAAAUAAGAGCUGACCCACUAUCCACAGAAAGGAAAGGGUAGAAUUAGAGCUACGUUUGCCACCAUUAUCUCACCAAGGUUACAAUUAUAUACGAAAUGUUAUAUAUCGAUAGGCAAAGAUGAAAUAUGGUAACAUGUACCACACAAGCCUGACAUAUUUUACAUUUAUUUUAUAUAAAACAAAAUAAUUAAUAGGACUAAUUUAGGAUUAUGGGGACAGGUUACUUCAUUAUUCUUUCCGCUUUUUUUUUAUUCUUCCUGUUACUGAUAUUAUUAACAGUCCCUCUCUUUUGUCCGCACCACGGGGUUUUUAAUAACAUAAAUUAAAUAUCUAUCUAAUUACUAUUAUUGGUAGUAAUGGUUGCAGAACAGGUAGUAGUAGUAGUAUUACAACAUGUUGUGUACUUUUAAUGUGAACCUAAUGUGAACGAUUUCCGGUGUUGUUGUGUAUGUCUCACUCUCUCUGAGCUCUCCUCCCACUUUAACCCUUCAGCUCCUGGACAGAGUGUUGCCAAUCUGGCAACUUUCCAAACCCUCAUGGCGACUUUUUUUUUCAAAAGCUACUAGAGACAAUGUAGCGACUUUUUCUGGUGAUAUUGGAGACUUUCUGGUGUUUUUGAGACUGACGUGUAACCAUGUAUCGUUCUGCAGUUACUGUCCUCAACGAGCAGCGGGUGCUGCCGUAAGCCCCUCCGCCGUCCCAACGCACUCACAGGCGGUCAGUCUCCAGUAGCCUUUAACGCAGGAGUCCUGCAGUCAGAGCAGAGAGGAGACCCACACUCCACGUCCUCCCGACUGCAAAUGAAUCGAGCAUGCGCAAAGCCACCGCUGAUCCUGCCCAGUCUUACAGAGAGGGAUAGUCCAAAUCUCCCGUGUGGCGCACAUCAUCCUGGGGUUCACAUCAGCGGCGCACAUUAUCGUGCAGCGUCCUGUGGCGAACUUCAUCCUGCAGCGCUCAUCAUCUUGCGGCUCACUUCGUCCUGGGGCGCACCUCAUCGUGCUGCCACAUCAUCCUGUGGCGCUCAUCAUCCUGGCGCACAUCAUCCUGCAGCGCACAUCAUCCUGUGGUGCACAUCAUCAGCGCACAUCAUCAGCGCACAUCAUCCUGCUGCGCACAUCAUCCUGCAGCAGCACAUCAUCCUGCAGCAGACAUCAGCGGCGCAUUGGCGCACAUUAUCCUGCAGCGCACAUCAUCCUGUGGCGCACAUCAUUACCGCACAUCAUCAGCGCACAUCAUCCUGCUGCGCACAUCAUCCUGCAGCAGACAUCAGCGGCGCAUUGGCGCACAUCAUCCUGCAGCGCACAUCAUCCUGUGGCGCACUUCAUCCUGGGGCGCACCUCAUGGUGCAGCGCACAUCAUCCUGUGGCGCUCAUCAUCCUGCGCGCACAUCAUCCUGCAGCAGACAUCAGCGGCGCAUCGGCGCACAUCAUCCUUUGGCGCACUUCAUCUAUGGGCGCAACUCAUUGUGCAGCACACAUCAUCCUGCGGGGCACAAAUCAUCCUGUGGCGCACAUCAUCACCGCACAUCAUCAGCGCACAUCAUCCUGUGUGCACAUCAUCCUGCAGCAGACAUCAUCCUUUGGCGCACUUCAUCUUGGGGCGCACCUCAUGGUGCAGCGCACAUCAUCCUGCGGGGCACAUCAUCCUGUGGCGUUUAUCAUCCUGGCUCACAUCAUCCUGCGGCACAUCAUCACGGCAUCGGCAGCGCACAUCAUCCUGUGGCGCACAUCAUCAGCGCACAUCAUCCUGCUACUGAUAUUAUUAACAGUCCCUCUCUUUUGUCCGCACCACGGGGUUUUUAAUAACAUAAAUUAUAUACAGUAUCUAUCUAAUUACUAUUAUUAGUAGUAAUGCUUGCAGUGCAAAUGAAUCGCGCAUGCGCAAAGCCACCGCUGAUCCUGCCCUGUCUUACAGAGAGGGAUGUAAGUGUCAAUGUAGUUUCACUGUCAAUGGAAAACAUGAGUCAUUAUUCAUUGAAAUCCGUCUCUUCAUCAAUACAGAGUCCAAAUCUCCCGUGUGGCGCACAUCAUCCUUGGGUUCACAUCGGCGGCGCACAUCAUCGUGCGGCGUCCUGUAGCGAACUUCAUCCUGUGCUCAUCAUCUUGCAGCGCAAUUCGUCCUGCGGCGCACUUCGUCCUGCGGUGCACUUCAUCCUGUGGCACAUCAUCCUGCAGCGCACAUCAUCCUGCGGAGCACAUCAUCCUGCGGCGCAGCAGACAUCAUCCUGUGGCACACAUCAUUACCGCACAUCAUCAGCGCACAUCAUCCUGCUGCGCACAUCAUCCUGCAGCAGACAUCAGCGGCGCAUCGGCGCACAUCAUCCUUCAGCGCACAUCAUCCUGUGGCGCACUUCAUCUUGGAGCGCACCUCAUGGUGCAGCGCACAUCAUCCUGCGGGGCACAUCAUCCUGUGGCGCACAUCAUCCUGUGGCGCACAUCAUCCUGUGGCGCACAUCAUCACCGCACAUCAUCAGCGCACAUCAUCCUGCUGCGCACAUCAUCCUGCGCACACAUCAUCCUGCAGCAGACAUCAGCGGUGCAUCGGCGCACAUCAUCCUGCAGCGCACAUCAAUCCUGCAGUGCACUUCGUCCUGCUGCGCACUUCAUCCCGUGGCACAUCAUCCUGCAGCGCACAUCAUCCUGCGGCGCACAUCAUCCUGUGGCGCACAUCAUCAGCGCAUAUCAUCAGCGCAUAUCAUCCUGCGCACAUCAUCCUGCAGCAGACAUCAGCAGCGCAUCGGCUCACAUCAUUCUGCAGCGCACAUCAUCCUUUGGCGCACUUCAUCCUGGGGCGCACCUUAUGGUGCAGCCACAUCAUCGUGCAGCGCACAUCAUCCUGUGGCGCUUAUCGUCCUGGCGCACAUCAUCCUGCGGCACAUCAUCACGGCAUCGGCAGCUCACAUCAUCCUGCGGCACAUAUCAUCAUCACUGCACAUCAUCAUACAGCUUACAUCAUCCUACAGUGCACAUCAUCGUGCGGCUCACCUCAUCCUGCAGCGCACCUCAUCCUGUGGCUCACAUCAUCCUGCUGCACACAUCAUCCUGCGGCGCACCUCAUUGUGCAGCGCACAUCAUCACUGCAUCAUUGUGAGGCGCACAUCAUCCUGCACACAUCAUCAUGCAGCAGACAUCAUCCUGCAGCACACAUCAUCCUGCGGCGAACCUCAUCGUGAGGCGCACAUUGUCCUGUGCCGCACAUCGUCCUGUGGCGCACUACAUCCUGAGGCGCACAUCAUCCUGCAGAACACAUCAAAGGAGGAGGGCUGGACGUAGAGCUAGAAGUUCCAACCCACAUAACAGCCUAUUGAUUAAAUUUUUUAUUCUAACAUUUAACAAUGCAAGACAAAAUCGUUUUAUGUAUGUGGGUCUAGAUACAGCAUUAAAGUCAUGAAGUUAUUUUGAUGGCCUAUUUCAAUGGCAAGAUAAAAAAAAAAGAAUCAACAGAAGAAUACGGAAGAGUAUUGCAUUCACUUUAACUUUUUUUUUGGGCCUUGUCUCAGAUUUUUCGUGAUAAUUAUCCUAGAAAAACAGAAUAAUUUUUUUGUGAAGUGAAUGUACUCGUUUCUGUAGAGGAAAGCUUAUUUUAGGUUUUAAACAAAUUUAGGGUGUUUUUUUCGUACUUUCUGUACGUCCUAUACUGACCAUUACAUUAUGCAAAUUAGGCAAUGACGUAAUUUAGCGACAUCUAGCGACUUUUAGGACAGCCAUAGCUACUUUCCUUACUGAGGAGUUGGCAACACUGCCUGGACACAAUGCAGCAUUGGGACUCAGAGGAAGCUGCUAUGCUGCACUUAUGGAGCAGCUCGUCUGAACAUGUGAUGCUGUAAUGUAGGUUAUCUCAUCAUCCAUCUACAUCAUACAUCAGAGACAUUUUAAAGGUUUUAUUGCAGAUAAAUAAAUGUCCAAGAAAUGAUAAAAAGCAUGUUUUCUACACUAUUCUCUGUCAAGACACUUUAUAUUGUUACUGUAUUGUAACACACUGUGUGGUAUUGCUGCUGUUGAAAGCCCAGAUUGAAAGUCAGAUCAAGGACUUACUUCCCCUUCAGUCUACAAACACCCCCCACCCAGCCCUACUGUCCAGAUUGAACCGGCAAUACACCGUAGCUUUUACCCUCCAGAGCCAUGAAUCACACAGUGACAGGUUGCUGCACAAUAGAUGGAGGAAGCAGGUUCAAGCUUCUUUUCACUCUGCAGCAGGAUCAGGGCUCUUUGGAGUACAGAGAGGAUUUCAAUUCACCUUGGUCAAGUCCAAAGUGAAGCACUUCCUCCAUAUAUCAUCUGUGUUUUAAUAGAGAAGAUACUUCACACUAGAAUUUAAAACGGCAGUAGAUUAAGAUGUUCUUAUCUGUUAAGCACCAAAUCUAUUCAGUUGAUGAAUAUAUUCAGUUAUAACUAUUGAUAAAUGAUAAAUAAAUAAUAACAGCUUCAUUUUGACUCUCUAUGAUGACUGUGUUGUUUGAAAAGUUACCUUAAACAAUAUAAAAAAUAAUGUAAGUAUCUAUAAUUUUUAUAGGAUUCUAAUACAAUCUUUAAGCACUUUAAUCAAACAUUUUGUAAAAAUAUCUGCGCGAUAACUUGGCACUGUUGUUAAAGGUUGUCCAGGCGGGAUGGCUGAACCCGGCAGACUAAGAAUAUUAAUAAUAUAAUGUCCAAUCAUACUCCAUUUUCCUGCCCUAUGAUCGAACAGCCAACACAGUUUGAAAAGCAUUUGAGAAAGACAUUAUUUAUUUAGACUAUAGCAUACUUUUAGUUUUACAGUCAUGAAUCAUGAUAAGUCUUUAAUUUUCAGCAAUUAUAGGAGGAAUUUACCUGACUGCCCCUAAUUCUGGUGACGACCUGACUUUUCCUCUAGCGCCACCAGCAGGUAAGAGUUUACAGUUCAAUAUUCCAAGACAUCAUUUGACGCUACAGCGUGACCCUGGACUGUACCACUGCCCUGCCACUCAUUUCACAGGUGUGGUUAAGAGUUAAUCUCAUGGCUCUAGGCAAACUGUCAGUGCAGUUUUUUAUUUGCUGCUGUAAUAUACUUAUUUCUUUAUUAUUUGUAUUCUUUAUUUAUUUGAGAAUGUUGGUUCCUUUUCCAGUAUUAUGUGUUGAUAAUUUGUGUUAUUGAACAGUUUACAUAGUCCAGUUUAGUUAAUAUUCAUAUUUGCUUUGAAGUUUCUUAUUUUCUCCGGUGAAUAAAAACCUUCAGAUCA